AGAUCGACAACAAGAAAGAAGUGAGGCAGAGAAGCACGAUGGAUGAAUUCAGAUGGAUUCAAAUGUUUUUAUGUGUGAUGCUGAUGAUUCAGAUUGCAGUAUCUGAAACUGAAACCUCCAUUUUUAUGAAAGUUGGAGAUGACGUCACUCUGCUUUGUCUAAAUGUGAUAGAUGAGCAGAAUAACUGUGACGGUACUGAGUGGACCUUUACUUCAAGGCACAAAACAACAGUAGAGCUGAUCACACUUGGACAGAUUGGUGAAGAAGCCAAAAUCAAAUCAGACAGACUGAGUGUUACAGCGAACUGUUCUCUGGUUAUUAAGAAUCUCACAUUUGAGGAAGUUGGUCUUUAUUCAUGCCUACAGUACAAAUUAGGAGAAAUACAAACUCUAAACACUCUGGUUCAUCAGUCUCAGGUUAAUCUUUUUAUUAUUAGUUUAACUGAACACAUGGGCACUGAUGAGGUCAUUUUAAACUGCUCUGUGGUGACAUAUGGACAGUGUCAUCACACCGUUAAUUGGCUACUUAAAGGUCAAGAUGUGAACAAAGAUAACAAAGAAAUACUGACCUCACAGACUGACUGCUCCACUACUGUGACCUUUUGGAAGUCUCACUAUAUUUAUCCAUCAAGAUAUGAGAACAUGAAGUGUGAAGUGACUGAUGCUAAGACAGGAAGUGUGCAGCUGUUUACCUUCAGCUAUCAGUCCUCAGAUGAGGAAACAGAUGACAAAAAAACAACACAGAAACCAACAAGAAAAACCGAAAGAUACAGAAAAGAAACAGAAACAACCACAACACCAAUGAAGGAUGAUUCACAUGAUUUUUCUGUAUCUUCGAGGUUCAUUAUUGUCUCAGUGGGUUUAGCAACACUUUUAAUCACUGCUGUGACAGUCAACAUAUGGAGCAGAACUAAAGGUCAGAAAACACAGAUGGAUCAAACCACAGUACAUUAUGAUAAAGAUGAAGAUGAUGUUUCAAUAAACUAUGAAAGCAUUGGAGGCUCUGGUGUUUCUGUCAGAUACCACUGAUCAACAACAUCAGCUCAGCAGAAAAAAAACUGCUGUUGUAUUAUCAGUAUAAUCUUAUCUAGUUUAUUAGAUUUAAUCCUAUUGUUACGGCCCUGGUCAUCUUUUGAAUCACAGUGGGUGGAUUUUGCUGGCAGCUGCUGAUUGGUUCCAUCAUCAAGUGGCUGUUUUAAAAACCCUCUCCAGCAGACUCCCCGUCAGUAACUGACAGCAGCAGCAGGCCCGUCCUUGGCCUCCAAACCAUCUAUGACAGAUUUGGGUGUGUGAUUUCAGAGAAUUGCUAAGUUUUGUAUAUAGUGUGUUGAUACUUUCACUUUUAACUAAGCGCUGAAGCUGAUGGUGUGAACUGCCUUAUUAUUGGGGGUAGUGCUUGGCUUUUGUUUGGUUUUUUGUUUUAGAUUCCUGAAAGACCAUUAUGAGUUUUGUAGCAUGUCUUUAUUGACCGUUAAAUAGCAUCACUAGACUUUUAAAUCUGUAUUAGUUUCUCCUUUUUUAUUGCUUACAAUGAUUUCAUCUGGAAAUAAAAUGUUUUUCUAUUCA